GAAGAGAGGCAGAGAGAGAAGGAGGAUCCUCGGAGUGACCGCAGUAUCGCAUGGGCGCGAAAAUCUGCGAGGUUUACCAGCAACUAGUGGCGUCAGUCGAAACUCUCCGAACCCCCAGAGAACCCUACAGCCUACUAUAAUCCAUCCCUUCUUCAUGGAGCAGAGAGGAAGAGGAAGAGAGAGAGAGAGACAGAGAGUCAAAGAGAAACAGGAACGGAGAGAGAGAUAGAGAAAGACACAGCCACGGUUCCCCCAUUUUCCACGAUAGAAUCCUCCCUCUCAUGCCUCGCUUCCGCCACCCUCUCUCCAUCGCUCCCUCUUCCUGCCCCCGAUCCCUCUCUCUCUCUCUCUAUCUCGCACGCCGCGUUCCUCUCGCGCGCUCGCGCGUUCUUCGGCCUCCGGAGCGGAGUCGCAGCAUCCGUUGGACCGUUCCGGACUUCAGUCCACGUCGAGAACGCGCCACUGUCGGGGCCUCGAAGAGUGACAGCCAACCGGAACCUCGCGGCCGACGUCGCGUGCACGGCAUCAUCGGCAACGUGUGCCGACAUUCCGCCAAUAAAUAUCGCCUGAAGUUAUGGUACCGUGACAAACCCCGGUGACGAGCACCCAAACGUACCGGCAGAAAGGAUUAAAAGAGAAAAUUGCUCGCGGGGUGGAAACCUCGCGUCGUCACGCGCUCGUCGCAUGUCGACAUCAAUUCUGCGGAUAAAAAUUGCCCAAAGCGACGCGAUUUUUCCUCUUCAAUCAGCGGUGCGUCCAACGAUCCGCUACUUUCACUAGUACACACGCCAGCACGAUCAGUAGUGGUACCAGUCUCGUUGGUACCACGCGAGCCACGGAGGUGCGUCGCUUUAGUAAAGUCAGAAAGUUUCCGAGACGCACAAUCGGGGGAUCACCCAGCCCCAUCUCGUUAAGUUCCCUCCUUCGGUUGGUCCUCCAGCUGAGAAACGACAACGAACAGGAGAGAGAAAACGAACAGGAACCCUCGUUGGAUGCCCUAAGGGCUCGGAGGAACCCUUAGGCCAGCCGGUCGCCGGUUCUGAUGCCGACACGUGCUGAGCGUGAUUGUUGAGGGUGCGGCGGAGCACAGGGGAGGAGCAGAGCCACGCGGGCCCACGGGGAGAGCUGAAGAAGAGGGAUCUCGGGCCGGAAGGCUGCCGGGAGUUGUUGCCCAGUCCCGGCGAGGGGGCGGACAUCGGGCCCGGAUGCUCGCAAGGACGAGACGCCGGAAGCGCUGCCACGUUGGAAGGGAAAAUAUUGACGGCCGUCAACAAGUUCCUUACAACGUCCCCUUUGGUUAAUAAGGUCAAGUUGCUGAUGACGAGACAGAGCAGCAGCGCGGAGGGGAAGGAGGGCACUGGUCCGGAUUGUUCCCCGAGGACGUCGUCGCCGAUGAUGAUGGCCGUGACGACGUCGCCGAUGAUGUCGACGUCGCUGCCGAUGCCGAUCGUUUCUACGGGGUUGCCCGAUAUGUCGUUGGCGUGUUCUGCCGCCGAUAUCUCGAUGAAUCGGCAACACCAUCGAUGGCAGCAGCAGCAGGAGCAGCAACCACAAGAAUUGUCGUUAAGGCAAGUGACGGAAACGACGGUCGCAGCAUCCUCGUCGUCUGCCUACGACGAGCCCAGCAAAACUCCUCUUUCCGCGAACGUCCUCUUGUCCCUGCCAGCCUCGCCGAAACGCUCAUCAACGAGCCAUUUCUCAUCCAGCAAGACGCCCGCUAUAUCGAAGUCGCAGAUGAAAGAAUUCAGAGAGGCCUUCAGGCUGUUUGACAAGGACGGCGACGGAACUAUCACGAAAGAAGAACUCGGCAGGGUUAUGCGUUCCUUGGGACAAUUUGCGCGAGCGGAGGAGUUGAGGACGAUGCUGCAGGAGAUCGACAUUGACGGUGACGGUAAUGUCAGCUUCGAGGAAUUCGUCGAGAUAGUCAGCAACAUCGGCGCAAGCACGGCUGCUGCCUCGGAUCAGCAUCAGGAAGAGCAAGAAUUGCGGGACGCUUUUCGGGUAUUCGACAAACAUAAUCGUGGAUAUAUCACUGCGUCGGAUCUCCGAGCGGUGCUGCAAUGCUUGGGAGAGGAUCUUUCUGAAGAGGAAAUCGAGGAUAUGAUUAAGGAAGUGGACGUGGACGGGGAUGGCCGAAUCGAUUUCUAUGAAUUUGUUCAUGCCCUCGGCGAGCCGGGCAUCGACGAAGACGAAGAAGACGACGAAGACGAUCUGCAAUCUCCGCUCUUCUAAGAUCGCGUUUACUCUCAUCUCUUUGUUAGAUAAGCCAGAUCGAUACGAGCAGGGCGAAAACGAUGUGCGAUCGCAAUUUCGUGAAUUAUCCUUUCUCUCGCGUUUGCAAUUCGAAUUGCGUGCGAUUGCACUUGACAAACGGGACGAGGCUCAACUUUAACUUCGACGACCCGUCUGCGUUUCAUUAGUUCUCACUCUUCUUCUCAGAUUUCGAAUCGAUUUUAACGCUGGAACGCGAACGUCUCGCUAUGCGCAUUGUGAAUAGAAUAAAAAAAAGAUCUGCACCGAGCUACACCACCAUCCGCAAAUGAUCGCGAGUACAGCACAAAUUUGCAUUCUUGAUAUAUGCUAAAGGAGUCAUAUACGCGAUUAGUCCGCUCGAUCGGAGGAUUCGCGAUAAAUCAGUCACGGAGUUCAUAGAUCGCGAGAUCGUUUAUGUGAUAAGGCCGUCAGCCGCCUGCUGAUAAAUGUGCAACACGACUCUUACAGAUGAAACUUCAGUAAUAAUGAAAAUAACUCCACACGAAUGUCAACACCACGCAACUUUAAAGCUAAACUCGUCGAACACCAGAUUCGUUGGGAAAAAAAAAGGAAAAGACAGGUCGAUCUCGCACUACUAGAUCAAGUGAUAACUCAGGCUGCAGCGUGAUUCGAACGAGUGCGAAAAUGAAAUACGAGAAUCGCGAGGAACGUUUUCUUGGCACGCUUAACGAGUCACUGAUAACUGACCGCAGGUUAAUUACGGGGCAGAGCAGUCGGCGUGACGAAUCGUCGUGAUUUUGCCGCGCCGGACGGCGAUAAGCGUUUCUGGCGAUGCGCCAUGAGCUUGCUAAAACGAUGGAUAAAUCAUUCGGUCGGCUACGAUGUCUCGUCUCGAUGAAAGCAAAGUCUCGGAUAGAGAAGCCGCAUCGUGGCCGCUGAUGUUACUCGCGACACAACGCGAGCGUUAAGCGCGGCCUGGCGCAGUUAAUCUAGCCGAGAUAAAUUAUUCAUUUCGCACUUCGUAUUCUCGAGCCUAUCGCUUCGACAUCAGAGGCGGCGCGGCUAUCUUUGAUCCGAGUCUCUCUCUCUUGGCGCCGCACUUGGGCGAUCCUAAGGUGUAAGAUCGACUAGAUCGUAAUGCAUUCCGUCUCGUAAGUAUGUGGACUUUUUCUCGAUUUUACUCUCGUCUAACACACACUAGAUAUAACGUUAUAUUCCAUCUAAAGUAAUCUUUAAGAGGGACAGGCGCGCCCGCGAUUCCGAUCGACGGAUCGGCGCCGGUGCCGCGCGUCGCGACGCCGCGAUCGCCGAGCGAACGAGAAGGGAAAGGGAGGCCGGAAGAUCGCUCGUCGCUCGUCUCAAUACCCGAUGAUUUGCGUAAAAUUGUCGAAUCGAUGGAUUCCGCACGAUUCUCCUGCGCACGACGACAGCCGCAAUUUCAAAAUCAUCCGACUAAAGUCUAGAUCGACUGGCGAGCGAAUCUUGUGCCGGUCCUUGCUCGCUUUGCUCUCCUCGGGCCUCGUAUUACGUACCUUAAACGAAUAUAUCACUGUUACGCCAAUAACAAAGCCGCACGCUGUUUCAAAUAUUUUAAAGGAUUUAAUAAAUCGCUAAAAAACA